AUGGGAGCUACAUUACUUGUCUGGUUUCUAAUCAUUGCAACUACUAGCGUUAGCUUGUGCAAUGGGAAUCCUGGUGUGGCUUGCAAAGAAAGUGAAAGACUAGCACUUUUGAUGUUGAAGCAGGAUCUUACUGAUCCUUCCAAUCGGCUUUCAUCAUGGGCCGGUGAAUCAGACUGUUGCCAGUGGACUGGAGUUGUCUGUGAUAACCUAACUGGUAACGUCCGCGAGCUCCAACUUGAUGACCCUCAUUUCAACUCUUCCUUGGGUGGUAAGGUAAAUCCUUCCCUGCUCAAUCUAACACAUCUCACAUACUUAAACCUAAGUUACAACAAUUUUCAAACAGAGAUUCCUAGCUUCUUUGGUUCUCUUGAGAGUUUAACUCAUCUUGACCUUUCACAAGCAACAUUUGUGGGAUUGAUUCCUCAUGAAUUGGGAAAUCUCUCCAGUCUACGUGAUUUACGUCUCAGUAGUAAUUAUAUGUUGAAGGUUGACAACCUUCUGUGGAUUUCUGGUCUUUCUCAGUUGGAACACCUAGACAUGAGUUUUCUUGAUCUUAGCAAAGCAUCUGACCAUUGGCUGCCAGCGAUACAAAUGCUCCCUUCUUUAGUAGAGUUGCAUAUGUCUGAUUGCAGUCUUCAAUACAUUCCCCUUUUACCUAUCAUCAAUUUAACUUCACUUGCCAUCCUUGAUCUUUCUUACAACCUGUUUAAUUCUUUCAUGCCUGGGUGGGUUUUCAGUUUCAGAACUCUGGUGUCUCUUAUUCUCAGUGGUUGUGGUUUCCAAGGACCAAUUCCAGGUGGCAUUGCAAACAUGACUAGUCUUAAGGUUCUUCAUCUCGAGGUGAACUCUUUUACUUCUACCAUACCUGAAUGGUUGUAUAGUUUCCACAAUCUUGAAUCCUUGUAUAUUUAUAGCAAUCACUUGCAUGGUGAAAUUUCGAGUUCCAUUGGAAACUUGACAUCGAUCAUAUAUCUUGAGUUAGGUUAUAAUCAGUUUGAAGGGACAAUCCCAAACUCCUUAGGGAAUUUGUCAUCCUUGGAGUCAUUAGACUUUUCUGCUAAUCAGCUUCAUGGAACUCUCCCAAAGACCAUUGGCCAACUCAAAAGGCUAACAGAUUUGGAUAUAUCUUCUAAUUCAUUUGAAGGUGUAGUGACUGAAGCUCAUUUUACACAUCUUACAAGUUUAAAAUCCUUCAGAGCAGUAGGAAACUCAAUGACCCUGAAAACUAGUCGAGAUUGGCUUCCUCCAUUUCAACUUGGAAGCAUGUGGUUAGAUCAUUGGCGUUUGGGGCUUGAACUGCCUUUAUGGCUUCGAACACAAACACAACUACAGUCUCUAAGCCUAUCUGGUACAGGAAUUUCAGGCACCAUUCCGACCUGGUUUUGGAACAUAUCUUCCCAUCUAAGUUAUCUGAAUCUUGCCGACAAUCAAUUACAUGGGGAGAUUCAAUAUAUAUCUAGUGGUUCAGCUUCAGUAAUUGAUCUAAGUUCUAACCAGUUCAACGGUUCAUUGCCUCUUGUUUCUUCCAAUGUAGUCAGACUAGAUCUUUCCAAUUCAUCAUUUUCUGGAUCUGUCAUACACUUCUUUUGUGAUGCAAAAACUGGACCAAAACUACUUACAUUUCUUCAUCUCGGGAACAAUUAUCUCAGUGGUAACAUUCCUGAUUGUUGGAUGAAUUGGCUUUAUUUGGAAGCCAUAUCAUUGGAAAACAACAAUUUGACUGGAAACAUUCCGAGCUCGAUGGGAUACUUGCGAGGCCUGGCAGUAUUGCACUUGCGCAACAAUCAAUUUUCUGGAGAACUACCUCAAUAUUUGCAGAACUGUACAAGAUUGGUGGUAGUUGAUCUUAGUGAAAAUCAGCUCUCUGGAGUCUUGCCAAUGUGGAUUGGGAAAAGCAGUUCAAACUUGGUGGUUCUUAGCUUUCGGUCAAAUAUGUUUCAAGGAGUCAUUUCUGAUCAACUUUGUAAUCUAAGCCGUCUCCAAAUCUUGGACUUCGCCGAUAAUGAUCUCUCAGGAACGAUACCAAGAUGCUUCGGCAACUUCAGUGGCAUUGCAAACUUGUCAAUGUUAUCUGCUUCUCGUAGGUAUUUUGAUAACUACGGAGUGUAUGGAGAAAAUACUUUCCUGGUGACAAAAGGGAGAGUAGAGGAAUUCGGCAAAAUUCUUGGAUUUGUAGCAAGCAUAGACCUUUCUAGCAACAAUUUAUCUGGGGAAAUUCCUGAGGAACUGACAAAUCUCUUCAGUUUGCAAACAUUGAAUAUAUCAGCAAAUCAUUUGACCGGAAGAAUCCCUCCGAUGAUUGGCAGAUUGAAGCAGUUAGAAUCACUUGAUUUUUCUAGGAACCAACUUUCUGGAGAAAUUCCUCCAAGCAUAAUGUUUUUGACGUUUCUGAGUCAUUUGAACUUGUCCCACAACAAUCUAACGGGACAGAUUCCACAAAGCACUCAGCUUCAGAGCCUUGAUGAGUCCAGCUUUCUUGGCAAUGAGCUUUGCGGAUCUCCACUCAGCAAGAAUUGCAGUGCAAGCAAGGUGACACCACCAACAAUUGAGCGAGAGAGAGGAUAUGAUUUACUUGAUGACAAGUGGUUCUACCUGAGCUUGGGAUUGGGAUUCGCCGUUGGUUUUUGGAGUAUACUUGGUUCUUUGCUGGUAAACAUGCCAUGGAGCUUUGCUUUUUCACGAUUCCUCAAUAGCAUUGUGCUUAAACUUUAUGCUGUAAUUGUUGAAUAUGUUUAG